AUGCUUCACACCGCGUGCAUCAAGCACCGGCAGGCGGUUGCGCUGUUUACCUUCAAGAGUUUCCGCGCACGACAGAAGAUCGCGCUGACGCCGGCGAGUGUCGCCUCCGUCUUCGCGGAGCAGCUAGACUCACAGGACCGGCUGCUGCGGCAGUCCAGCGUGGGCAGCGGUGCGUCGCGCUUUUUAGUGCUCGACAAACAGCAGCGAGUGCGGGGUGUUUACCACCCUCUGUUGUGCCUGCCGUAUCCGCUCGAGGGCGCCGGUGUGCUCGGCACUCCCGUCGACGCGUACCUGCAUCGACUGCGUCAGCGCUGGGACGCGCUCGGCGACUUCGACGGCGAUGCGUGCACGUUUGUGGUUGUGUCGUACGCUAACGGCCUCGGGGUCACGGCGUACGGGGUGGAUGGCAGCGUGCGGCUUCCAUUAGUAAACGUGAAGCUGCCGGCGCGGCGCCACAGCGGCGUCGGNAUGAUGAACGAGCGCGACAUGCGCCCCUUCGCCGAGACAACGAGCCUCGUUGACGACUUCGCCGAGGUUGUCGCGGAGCACUACGCGACGUGCAUCCACCCCUGCAGCAGCUUCUUCUUUCUGUCGAGCGCCAACGCGGCGCUCUCCCUUGGCGAUAUGAGGGUGGCGUGGCGUGAGCGCGGCCUCGCCGACACGUCGCCGCUGAGCCUCGACGACAGGCGGUGGGUCACGCUGCCCGACGUCGUCGUGCAGCACGGGCGCGCCACGCCGCUGUACUGCCGCGACGACGAAGGCGACAAGGUGGCAAGUGCGAAGGGCCUCGAGGUAGGCGUGAAGGUUGGGCUGCUGGAGCUCGACACGUGA